AGCAACGGCUUCCUUCCUGCACAACGAAAGGAGCGCGCCUUCGAAUUGCCGACGCUCCCGGGUGCUUACUGUAUUCUUCGGUCCGGUCGUAGCCGUCAAUCGCCGGCCGGCCGGCGGUCUGCUGCGUCGUUCGCAAGCUUUAGCCACUUAACAGCCCAGCAGGAACGAAGGAGAAGGUUCGACUUUGUUGUUCGAGCGAGCGCACCCGCUCGGCGAUGGACGGAGCACGUCCGCGGCCAAGCGCUUAGCGGAAGUACAAGACGACAGACAGGCGCCUGCUUGUCGUCGCUUGACUGCGACGAUGAUGGACGCCUUCAGCCCCAACUUGACGGAGGACUCGUAUAAAAUGAGCGAGGAUGACAUCAGGCGGUUAAUCAAGUUCAGAGCAUCCAACGAACUUCUCUUCACCGGAAAGAGAAACUCUGCCAAGAUAGCUUGGAGCGUCAUCUUGAGGGCUUUGGACCUGCAAGGGAAGUUGACAGCUGAGCAGAUCGCCAAAAAGUGGGACAACCUGCGCUCCAAAUACAAGGACCUGAAGCAGCCCGACCAAUCGGCGGACGGGGAGCAGCCGGGGGGCGGCGGCGCCGAGUCGUGGCCGUGGUUCCGCAUGAUGGACGACGCCAUGCACGGUCGCCUGUACAACAGCCGCAUGGCGCUGGGCCUGCCCGGCGACGGUCGGCGGCGACGGGACGACGACAACGACGUCCUGGAGUUCCUCAUCAAGACCGAGAUGGACGACUCGGCCGCCGCAGAGAGCGCGGACGGCGGCGAGUCUGCCGAGGGUCUUCCCGUGGGCUGGAGGAGGAUGAGCGAGUGCUCCUACAAAAUGUCAGAAGAGGAGACAGAACGUCUCAUCAAAAUUCGCGCCGCCAACGAGGCCAUCUUCACCGGCAAGAAAAACUCUGCCAAGAUGGCGUGGAGGGCCGUGCUCCACCAGCUGGGCCUUCAGGGCAAGCUGAGCACCGAGCAGCUGGCCAAGAAGUGGGACAACCUGAAGAGGCGCUACAAGGAGCUGAGGUUCCCCCCGCGCGGCGUGGAGUCCAACCCGAGCUCGUGGCCGUGGUUCCAGAGCAUGGACGACGCCAUGGAGGGGCGUCUGGCGGGUGCCGCGCCCGCUUUGGCGCCCGUCUUCGUCGCCGAGGACGAAGACUGCGAGAUGCUGCUGUCGCCGGCGCCGAGGAAGCGAGCCCGCAGGAGUCGCAGCGGGAUGGCCGAGUUCCUCAGCGAGUCGGAGUUGGACAUGCUGAUCUGCGGCCACGACAAAAGCGCUUCCUUGGCUUUGGGCGACCUCCGGCGCAGCGGGGCCGACCUCGGCUACAGACUGACGGACGAGGACAUCCAAAAACUGGUGGAGCUGCGAGCCGCCAACAAAGCCCUCUUCACAGGACGCAGGAACAGCGCCAAGCCCGCCUGGAGGGCCAUCGUGAAGGAGAUGGGUCUGACGGGAAAGAUCACACCCGAUCAGGUGGCCAAGAAGUGGGACAACCUCAAGACCAAGUUCAAGGACCUGAAGUUCCCCCCUCGGGGGGCGGAGCCCCAAGGCGGAGCGGCGUCCUGGCCGUGGUUCCAGCUGAUGAGCGACGCCCUGGAGGGUCGGCUAGCGGGCAAGGGGGUCCAGGUGGCGCCGGUGUGGAGCGGCGAGGACGACGCCAUCUCGGGUUCGCCCCCCUCGGCCGACGCCCCGGAGGCGGCCAUCUACGAGAUGGACGACGCCCGAGCGGUCGCCGACCUCUGCCGCUCCGAUGACAGCAUCACCUACAUCGACGCCAGCGGAGAGGAAUGCGCUGCCCCUCCCGAGCUCGCCUACAAAAUGAGUGAGCAGGACACUCGGCGCUUGAUCACGCUGAGAGCCGCCAACGAGGAUCUCUUCACCGGCAGGAGGAACGCCGCCAAGGCCGCUUGGAAGGCCAUCAUCCAGCAGCUGGACCUCCAAGGGAAGGUGUCCACCUACCAGGUGGCCAAAAAGUGGGACAAUCUCAAACGCAGGUUCAAGGACCUGAAGUACCCCCCACCGGGUAUGGACAACAUGACGGAGGGUGCCGCUUCCUGGCCGUGGUUCCACCUGAUGGACGACGCCAUGGAGGGUCGCCUGGUGUGCAACGGCAGCCUCGUCGGCGGGCCCGAGCCGCCGGUGGGGGGCGGUGGGGACCGGGCUGUCCUGGAGCAGCAGCGAGCGGCCUUGGAGCAGGAGUGGAUGGCACUGGACCGAGAGCGGGCGUCGGCAAGAGCGGAGCGCGAGUGGCUGAAGAGGGAACGGGUGGCGCUGGAGCGGGAUCGCGCCCUGCUGGAGCUGGAGAGGGUGGCGCUGGGCCGGGAAAGGGAACUUCUGGACCAGAGCGUCAUUCCCAAUUGCCAGUUUCGCUCCAAGACCUCCCGGAUGAAAACGUUCACCGCCAACCAGUUGGAUGAGAUCAAAGAUCCCUCGGCACUCUUCUACAUCCUGCCCUUCCAGAAGGGCUACCUGGUCAACUGGGACGUCCAGAGGAAAGUUUGGGAUCAUUUGUUUGGCAAAGAAAUGUUCAAGGUGGACUUUGCCGACAGCAGCAUCAUCAUCAGCGAGCCUUACUUCAACUUCACGUCCAUCCAGGAGUCCAUGAACGAGAUCCUGUUUGAGGAGUACCGCUUCCAGUCGGCUCUCAGGAUCAACGCGGGCUCUCUGAGCGCUCGCCGAUACUUCCGCUCGGAACCUUACGAGCUGUGCAGCCUGGUGGUGGACAGCGGCUUCUCCUUCACGCACAUCGCCCCCUACUGCCGCGGCAGCAGAAUGAAGGACGCUAUCCGCAGGAUUAACGUAGGAGGGAAGCUGCUGACCAAUCACCUGAAAGAAAUCAUCUCUUAUCGGCAGCUGCACGUGAUGGACGAGACCCACGUGAUCAACCAGGUGAAGGAGGACGUAUGUUUUGUGUCCCAGGACUUCUACCGGGACAUGGCCGUCGCACAGCUGAAGGGUCAGGACAACACGGUGAUGAGGGACUACGUGCUGCCCGAUUUCAGCGGCAUCAAAAAGGGCUUCUGCAAGCCGGCCGAGCAGGUGGUGCAGAGCGGCAAGUACAAGACGGGCGAGCAGAUCCUCAGGCUGGCCAACGAGCGCUUCGCUGUUCCCGAAAUCCUCUUCCACCCUUCCGACGUCGGCAUCCAGGAGAUGGGCAUUCCCGAGGCCAUCGUGGACUCGGUCCGCUCUCUGUCUGAAGACAUGCAGCCUCACAUGUACGGCAACAUCAUCCUGACCGGAGGCAACGUUUUGUUUCCGGGCUUCCGGGAGCGCCUGGAAGCUGAACUUCGCGCUCUGGUUCCCGCUCACGUUCCCGUCAAGGUCACGCUGCCUGACAAUCCCAUCACGUACGCGUGGGAAGGAGGGAAGCUGCUGGCAAACGACCCCGACUACGAGGAGAUGGUGGUCACACGCGACGAUUACGAAGAGAACGGACAUUUUGUUUGCGAAGAAAAGUUUGACAUCUGAGCCGCCAUUUUGUGCCGACGACACAGCCAGAUGACAACCGGUGUCGAUUGAAAGCGCCUCGGCUCAUCGGACAACACCAUUUACGUGUUAUUAUCCAUUGGCUGUCAAGGUGUCCUUCAGGAAGACUUUUUUUUUUUUUUUAUGUAUUUAUGAAAUUGUUUUUUUUACACUCUUACUGAAAACUCUUGAAUGAAAUCACAUUGAUUCAACAUGUCCAUCUUUUAUUUUGGUCAAUAAAAUUUGUGGUGUA